AUGGCCGAUCAACUGACUGAGGAACAGAUUGCUGAGUUCAAGGAAGCCUUUUCUUUGUUUGACAAGGAUGGUGACGGUACCAUUACCACUAAAGAAUUGGGUACCGUUAUGCGAUCGCUUGGUCAGAACCCAACAGAAGCCGAGCUGCAAGAUAUGAUCAAUGAGGUCGACGCAGACGGAAAUGGAACUAUUGAUUUCCCUGAAUUCCUCACAAUGAUGGCGAGGAAAAUGAAGGACACGGAUAGCGAAGAAGAAAUCCGCGAAGCAUUCCGGGUGUUCGACAAAGACGGCAACGGUUUCAUCUCGGCAGCUGAACUGCGCCAUGUGAUGACCAACCUCGGUGAAAAGCUCACUGAUGAAGAAGUUGAUGAAAUGAUCCGUGAGGCUGACAUCGACGGAGAUGGACAAGUGAACUAUGAAGAGUUCGUUACGAUGAUGACGACCAAGUAA